AGAGACAGACAGAGAGAGAGAGAGACAGAGAGCUGAUCAGGGUGUAUCAGUGUGUAUCACCGUGGGCUUGGGGCUGAAUACGAGACGUGGAUUUUAAAGGUGGUGUGGCUGGAUUGGUUAACUUUUACAGGCUGACUGGACGGUUGUUCUGCAGAAGAAUGUGCUACAGGAUCAACAUGAGAGGGACAAUAUUUGGACUAAAGAGGGAUUCUUUGCUGCGGUCAUCUUCCUCACCAUCUUCAUCAUCAUCAUCACCUGUUUGAUGGUCCUCUACCGUCUAAAGGAGAAGGUUGAAUAUUCUGACAGGCAGACCAAAGAGCAGUCCGUGUUCCCCAGCCGCGACCUUCACCUGACCCCUGUCACCGUCCCACCCCCGGUCCCGCUGCACGCCGUCGGAGCACAGACCCAGCCCCAGGUCCCCUUCUCUAGCAGCAUGGUCCAAGCAGAGCCAGCACCGCCUUCUACACCCAUAUCCAUACCUCCACCCAGAGCCUGCCGUCCUCCACCCACCACCCCUGUCCCCAUCCCUGUCUCCAGCUCCAGCUGUGGUCCUCCGCAGCUCCCCCCUGCCCACCAGAAACCCUGCCUGUCAGCCAGCCCCUCUCCCUUCAGGAUGAAGCCUGCCGCGUGUCUCCAGGAGAGGAGAGGCUCCAACGUCUCCCUGGUGCUGGACAUGUCCUCCCUGGCCUCGGUGGAGCCCCUGAACUGUGGGGUGGUGACCCCCAGAGAGAGGGCCACUCAGGACUACCUGCAGUCAGCCAGCCGGACCCUGUCCAGACAGCAGCUACGAGACGUGGUGCUCAACACACAGACGCUGCACGCAGAGUUCGCUGAAAUCCCAAUGAACUUUGUGGAUCCAAAGGUGAUAGACAUUUCCAGUCAUGGAACCAAAAACAGAUACAAGACAAUACUGCCAAAUCCACAUUCCAGAGUGAUCCUGAGGACCAAGAGCUCCUUCGACCCUCUCAGCAGCUACAUCAACGCCAACUACAUUAGGGGUUACCUAGGCGAUGAGAAGGCCUACAUCGCCACCCAGGGUCCCAUGAUCAACACAGUGAAUGAUUUCUGGCAGAUGGCCUGGCAGGAAGACUGUCCUGUCAUCAUCAUGAUCACCAAGCUCAGGGAAAAGAACGAGAAAUGUGUUCUGUACUGGCCAGAGAGGCGUGGUAUCUAUGGCAAGGUGGAGGUGCUCAUUAACAACGUGACAGAGUGUGACAACUACACCUGUCGGACCCUCAACCUGAAGCAAGGGGCCCAGAGUCGUGUGGUGAAGCACUACUGGUACACAUCGUGGCCGGACCAUAAGACCCCAGACAGCGCCCAGCCCCUGCUCCAGCUGAUGAGAGACGUGGAGGAGGACAGGACGGGCUCCCUAUCGCAGGGACCCGUCAUCGUACACUGCAGCGCAGGGAUUGGCCGAACGGGCUGCUUCAUCGCCACGACGAUAGGCUGUCGUCAGUUGGAGCUGGAGGGAGUGGUGGAUGUGCUGGGGAUUGUGUGUCAGCUCAGAGCGGACAGAGGAGGUCUGAUCCAGACAGGGGAGCAGUACGAGUUUGUCCACCACGCCUUGAGCCUCUUCGAGACACGCCUCUCCGCCGACACCGGCCAAUGAACAGAGGCCAGGAAGUUUUCGUUAAAACAUGCCAGGUUUUUCCAGGAAGUGGAAUUUAAUUUCUCCCUGGCGGGAAGGACCUAUCUUACCCGGUGACUGUGAGGUCAUGUGACUAAUGAGGAAGUGGAUGUUUGCGUGACGAUUGGAUGGUAGAUGUCCUUGUGGGCUUUGUCUUUGUGGACAUGUAUGGACAGCCUGGACUGCUAUUGGCUGAUUGAUUGAGUCUCCUUACAGAGAGAGAGAUGGAGGUAUGGACCGGUGAUUUUGUCUCUGAAUGUAAUGUAUCCUUUCUUCUCUUCCUCUCUUUCCUCCUCUUCUUCUACUACUUCCUGUCAUUCGUGAGCAGCUCUGCUUCUGAAAACGUUGUUGUGAGCAACCUGCCUCUGUCCAAUCAAACUCUCUGAUACUGCAGCUCUGUCCAAUCAGAUUGCCUGAUAUUGAUUCCGUAGUAUACCUACACUCUGACCUCUUACUACUAUGCGCUAUAGUGGAUGGGUAGGUAGUCUGUGGUCCUUGAAUCGUCCAUGGUGUUUCUAUUAAAAAGGAAAAAGUACGUUGUUGAAAUGAAUAGCACUUGUCUUUGUGACUUUACUAGGAUAUUUUUGAAUUCUGAUUAUUUUAUUUAUUUUUAACUAUGUGUUGUUACACAAAGGUUAUUAUUCUGAAGACUGUUAUAUUCCAUUGGAGGUUGGCUUUUCUCUCAGUAACACACUAGAAGCUGCCCCUCUGCCAUAUACUAUACCUCUAAUAGCAUGUUGAUCAUCCAUUGAAAGAUCAGUGUAUGAAAGGUGAGGGAACGAUUGGGCCUGUCUGCACGGCCACUACACAUCAAAAGGUAUUUUCACCAUGGGGAUGGCCAUUAUACACACUGAAUUGGAAGCAAAUAACAAACAUAAAAAGCCAGCCGACACGCAGGCCCUUCAGGAAUUGAGUUUGGCAGCCCCCUGCUAUAGGCCCCUCCUGUAGAUCUACCGUAUUCACAGAGAACUGUCAUGGCCGCCGUGUGAUCCAAUGUUCCAUACCAAAGCUCUCUGUUAUCAGGUGCCGUGUGAUCUACCCUGGCUCUGAAACGACGUUUCAUCAGUAAAUCAAUAUUUAAUAACAAAACCUUUUUCUUUUCAGAAAAUCAGUUAUUUUCCCAUUUCUUAUCUUUCACAUCCAUCCUCAGGUAUAUUGUGUUGACCAUUAAAGGCCCCGUGCAGUCAAAAACAUGAUUUUGUCCCCCCCCCUGUGUUUUAUAUAUAUAUACACACAUACUAUGAUGUUGGAAUAAGGCAGUUAAUUGAAAUUGAGAUAAAAAACGGCUGCGUUGGGCCUUUAAGCAUCACAGAUAUAUGACAACUUUCUUUACCAAAAUGUAAAUGUUUGCGUUUAAAUGACAUGUCAUGUUUAAUUGUUGAUCAUAUAGAUUAAAUUAUAGUAAUAAUAAUAAUGAUUUUUAGUUUUAUACAAUAUUAAGAUAAUGUUUUGAUGUGUAACAGUAAACUCAUGAUCGUUUGGUACUUUUAGACAUGUUUUCUCUGUAUGACUGAAUGGUGUAGAUUCCCACACACUUUAUCUCUAGAACCAACCAAUUAUUACAAGGAUAACGUCAAUCAGACACUUAUAAAAAAAAAUUGUCUGGAUUAUCUGACCCUGAUUUCAAACUCUGAUAUACUGUAGCUUCUAAAUGCCGAAUACAUACAGUUGUAGUAAGAAGUUUACAUACACCUUAGCCAAAUACAUUUAAACUCAGUUUUUCACCAUUCCUGACAUUUAAUCCUAGUAAAUAUUCCCUGUUUUAGGUCAGUUAGGAUCACCAC